UUUCAGUACGACACUUCCUGGUGUGGCCCAUGUUCCUUUCCUGACAGCCGCCGUCGUUCAGGAGCGGAGACCGUUGAUAGUUGCAGUUAUGUCGGCAGCUGCUUCGGGGACCAGCAAGGCGGCCCACGGCGAUGUGGCUGCGAAGAGAAAGAAGGGACCCGGUGCCCUGGCCACGGCAUAUCUCGUCAUUUACAACGUUGUUAUGACAGCGGGGUACGUAGCGUGUUUCCUCGUGCUAAUGCUGCUGGUCAUUUUCUAUGAUCAUUUUUCUCUUUUACAGAUACUGCACUGUGCUGUAGGAAUCGUACCAUCCUCUGUGGUCCUGACUGGAUUCCAGGUCAUGUCCCGGGUCUUCCUCACGUGGGCUGUCACGCACAGUGUCAGAGAGGUACAUUCCCCCCCGCCUCUCCCAGUCUUUCCCCAGCUCUACUUCCACAUGAUCCGGCAGAGGAAGAAGGUGCUGGGUCACAUAGAGGACUACGGCAAAGUGGAGUGAGCCCAGCGGCAUUCAGCGAGCUUCAAACGAGGGGGGAGAAAAUGAAAAAAGAAACCAAAACAUCAAACAAACGAGGAACAAAAUUACGCUCAUUGGAAACCCGACCAGGUUUAAACUGCCAGAACUGACCUGGCAGACGGUCCAAUUAUCAAGUAACUUUCUUUAAUACAGCCGUUGUUUUGGUUGUACACAAAGAACUGGUGUUAUCUUUUUGUUUUGUUUUUUCUCUUUUAUAUUAUUCACGAACAAACUUACAGAGCUACUUUUGUUUAGUCAGAGAGCUCGCAGCUGUGAAGGAUCUGUAUUUUGACUUGGGUACAGUUGAGCGGCCGUCUGAGCAGUGAGCAGAGCUCCAUCACGUAAAGCUUGAUUCGAAUUAUACAGCGAUAUAAUUCAUACCUCUCCUUGCUUCCCUUCCCCUCUUUUUAAAUGAAACUUUAAAAACAAGUAGAGUAGAUUUGUUGAAUCCCCACGACUCGUAUUUUGGUUUCUUUUCAGACGCUUUGCUUUAGAAAGAACGAUGUGAAGUCUAAUACUGAAAAUUGGUGUCUGUAGGUUUUGCAGGUACAGUGUUCGUUGCUGCAAACUGUGGUCCAGAUGUUUGUGUUCUGUCAUUUAUUUUAUUUAAAAGUUUGAUUACAUUCCUAAUUUAGUUCAAUAAACCUUUCAUUCCAUGCUUGCA